CUUCCCCACUCGCAUCCUUUCCCUCCUCCCUCUACUUCCGGACGACGAUCAGCAUCAUGCCUCGCAAAUCAGAAAAGCUCUACGUAUCCCAACAAGAGCUCAUCGGCGCUCACGGUAGAGCUGCUGCCGUCUCAUCAGCAGCAAGCCAGUCUCAAUACCAGAAUUACGUCCCCUUCAGCAGCUGCGCCAUUUCCCUCCAACCUUGGUCCACGCCAGUAGCAGACCGCAACGAUGGCACAAUCUACGAGCUGACCAACAUCCUUCCCUGGAUCCAACGACAUGGUCUGAGCCCGGCAUCAGGGCAAGAACUCAAGCCUGCGGAUCUGGUACCUUUGAAGUUUGCAAAGAAUGAGGCGACAGGUCAAUGGCAUGACCCGGUGUCUUUCAAGGCAUUCAAUGACUCCACGCACUUGGUCGCAAUCACUACAAGCGGCAACGUCUUCGCUCACGAUACAGUGCAUCAGCUGAACGUCAAGGCCAAGUACUGGUCAGACCUGGUCAGCGGGGAGACGUUUGCACGCAAAGACAUAUUGACGUUGCAGGACCCGAGUAACAUUGCUGCCAAUCAGCAAAAGGCGGCCGAUCUGCAGAGAUUGAAGGACAAGAUGCGACGGGACGUGGCGGAUAGGGAUGAGGUGAACAUCUCUGCGACGGGGAGCGCGGGCAAUCUCUUGAGAAAACUGAAAGAGCAGAAGGAGGCGGGAAAGAGGGAGAAGGAGCAGGCUGGGGACAAGGCGCUGGCCAAGAUGGAGGCUGCGAGGGAGGAGAGCAGAGCUACCAAGAAUGCCGAGGCAUCGACGUCAGCAUCCGCAGCAUCAUCAUCAUCAUCAUCAUCCGCGCCUUCCUCGAGCUCAAAAGCCCAGCUCGGCCGCUCCACAGGCCUCACCGCCGCCUCCCUCACCUCAACGUCCCUGUCAAUCCGCACCGCAAACGACCGAGAGCUCAUCAGCGAGGAAGAGACUAUGUACAGCGACAUCAAGGCGGGGCACAAGAGCAAGAAGGGCGCCCAUGCUCCUUACAAGGGGUACGUCCGUCUUGUGACCAACUUUGGGCCCCUCAAUCUGGAGCUACACUGCGAUCGGGCGCCCAAGACGUGCUACAACUUCUUGACGCUCUGUCGGAGGGGAAAGUACACAGGGACGGUCUUUCAUAGGAAUAUUCCGGGUUUCAUGAUUCAAGGUGGUGAUCCUACGGGGACGGGGACGGGGGGAGAGUCGAUGUGGGGGCCGGGCAAGCCAUUUGGAGACGAGCUCUCAAGUGGGGCAGAUGGUCACUCUUCUCGCGGCUGCCUGAGCAUGGCCAACCGGGGCCCAUCAACGAACACGAGCCAAUUUUUCCUCACCUACGCCCCCAAAUCUCACCUCGACAAGAAGCACACCGUCUUCGGCCGAUUGGUAGACGAGCCCUCCGCCACGCUCGACUCCCUCGAAUCUGUACCUACCGACUCGGCUACGGAUAAGCCACUGCGGACAGUGACGGUGCUGGAUGUGCAGAUCUUCAGUGAUCCAUUCCAGGAUUGGUGGGAAAGAAGGAAGAGCAAGGAGCAGAGGGGCACUGAAGCGGAGGCAGAGAAGAGGGAGGAGAAGAGACGCAAGAGGGAAGGGGAUCGGAUUACCUGGUUUGGGACGAAGGUCGGCGAAGAAGGCCAGGAGGAGGGACUGGAGGCUAUUCACCAGGCGUCGGGGGGCGUGGGGAAGUAUCUGGCUCUGGGAGCUGGCGCGAGAAGCGUAGAAGACGAUGCAGAACCGGAGAGUAUGCGAAAGAAGCGGAAGAAGGCCGCUGCUGGCGAUGGAGAAGUGGGGACUCCUUCUUUCGGCGACUUUUCAGAUUGGUGAAAUGUCCGUCGACGAUCAGAUCACAGUACAGUCGACGGACAACCUUCGUAUCUGACAUGACGCGUCAUUCACCGAGAGCAACGCAGAGUGUCGCCCGAGCUAUCAGGCUGAGGCGCAUGCGUGAGCGUAUGGUAGCAAACCGUAAGAAUGCGCCGAGGGGAGCUAGCUGUG